UAUAUUCACUGGGGAAUUGCAUAUGAGGAAGCAGUGAUUUUAUUUAGUUUGCCUUUGGGUCCUGGUUUGUGCAGUACCUGGAUGCAGCCCGCAGCCCUGGGAGCAGCUUUGUCACCUGGACCAUGAAGAUCUGGUGGCUCCUGCUUGCCACCGGCAUUGGCAUAGGGAAUGUGAACUCACAGGACACGUGCCAGCAAGGGCACCCUGGUGUCCCUGGGAAUCCUGGUCACAAUGGUUUGCCUGGAAGAGAUGGACGAGAUGGAGCAAAGGGUGACAAAGGGGAUGCAGGGACCAAACCUGCAACCCAGGCAUGUGCACUGACCGGGGAACCAAACCAGCAGCAUUUAGCUUUGCAGAACGAUGCCCAACAACUAGGCCACACAGGUCAGGGAGAACCAGGACAUCCUGGUAAUCCAGGGAAGGAUGGAAUGAAUGGAGAAAAAGGAGAACAAGGAUCAAAUGGAAAAGUGGAAGCAAAAGGCAUCAAAGGAGAUCCAGGCUCCAGAGGACCCCCAGGGAAACAUGGGCCCAAGGGACUUGUUGGCCGCAUGGGGGAGAAAGGCCUCAGAGGAGAGACUGGUCCUCAAGGGCAAAAGGGGGGAAAAGGUGAUGUGGGUCCCAUUGGUCCAGAAGGGCUGAAGGGCAAUACUGGACCAAUGGGCCCAACUGGUUUACCUGGCCCAAUAGGCCCCACUGGAAAGCCUGGUCCCAAGGGAGAUGCUGGGCCCCUGGGACCUCAGGGUGAGCCAGGGGUUCGGGGAUUGAGAGGCUGGAAAGGGGACCGAGGAGAAAAAGGGAAAACUGGUGAGACUCCAGUCUUGCCAAAAAGUGCUUUCACUGUGGGGCUUACUGUGCUGAGCAAGUUUCCCUCUUCAGACAUACCCAUCAAAUUUGACAGGAUCUUGUAUAACGAAUUCAACCAUUAUGAUAUAGCUAUGGGAAAAUUUAUUUGCCACAUUGCUGGGGUCUAUUACUUCACCUACCAUAUCACUGUUUUCUCCAGGAAUGUACAGGUAUCUUUAGUCAAAAAUGGGGUAAAAGUACUGCACACCAAGGACGGUUACAUCAGCUCUGAGGACCAGGCCUCUGGCGGCAUUGUACUACAGCUGAAGCUUGGGGACGAGGUGUGGAUGCAGGUGACAGGAGGGGAGAGGUUCAAUGGAUUGUUCGCGGAUGAGGAUGAUGACACAACUUUCACGGGCUUCCUUUUAUUCAGCAGCUAAUGAGGGAGACAUGUUUAUAAAUCUGCUUUCCCGCCUAUCAAAAUUAGCUCAGUGCAGUAUAUGAUUGGAUGAUUUUUCUGUAUUAUUUACUCUCGUUAUUGUAACAAUUAGUAAAAAGGUAAAAAUAGAAAAGUUAUUCUUAAAACCAAUUCUAUGUAAUUCACAAUCUUUCCUAGAGUAAAUUUUAAAUACUUAUAUUAUUCAUUAUAGUUCAUUUUAUAUUUUUGAUUAUUUUCAAUACCUGAAAAAUCCUUUGCAUGUGUGCAUCUUGUGGAAAGAGCGUUUUGAUAUCAUUUUAGCGCUCAGAGGAACAAUAUUAUGAUUUACCUCUUAUCUGUAUUUCCAAGGACAUUAGGGAGAAAGAAAAGUGUUUUCUCCAUUUAGUUACUAAUAAAAAUUUUAAGAUAGUGAUAAUGAGACAUCCCCAAAACAGGCAGAACACUUCAUUCAUAUUCUAAAUUAGGUUUUAAUUAAAUUCAACAUAUAGUUGUUCAGCAAACCAUUUUGUCAGACUUGAAUUAGUAUUAUAUUCUUAGGGCUGCCAUGACAAAGUACCACAAUCCAGGUGGCAACAGAAAUUUAUUCUCAGUGCUGGAGGCCAGAAAGGCAAAGUCAAGUUGUUGGCAGGGCCAGGUUCUUUACAAAGCCUCUAGGUGAAAAUCCUUCCUUGCUGCUUCCAGUUUCUAGCAAUGCCAGACAUUCCUUGGCUUGUAGCAACAUCAUUCCAGGUUUCAUCUCUGACUUCAUAUGGCCAUCAUCACCCUAUGUCUGUGCACAUAUCUCCCUCUUCUUUUUUUUAAGAUUUUUUUAUUUGUUUAAUUUUAGAGAGAGGGAAAGGGAAGGAGAAAGGAAGAGAAAAAUCAAUGUGUGGUUGCCCCUCACAUGCUCCCCACUGGGGACCCAGCCUGCAACCCAGGCAUGUGCCCUGAUUGGGAAUUGAACCCAUGACCUUUCAGUUUGCAAGAUGACACCCAGUCCACUGAGCCACACCAGGCAGGGCUCCAUGUUCUUAACCACACUAAUUAUAUUGGAUUGGGGUCUACUCUAAUGCAGUGUGAUGUCAUCUUAAUCUGAUUACAUAUGAAAGACCCUAUUUCCAAAUAAGGUCAGAUGCCAAGGGUUAGCAUUUCAUUGUAUCUUUUGGGCAGACACGAUUCAACCCAUAACAGUCUUCUCUCUGGAUUUUCUCUCUGGAAGUCUGUAGUCUUCAAAUUCAUGUUCUUCCCAUGUGCAGAAUACAUUCAUCCCAUUGCAAUAUUCCAAAAGGUCUUAACUAUUACAGUAUCAACCCUAAGUCCAAAAACCUCAUCCACAUAUCCUUAAGUCAAAGUUCUAAAUCUUAUGAUCUUAAUUAUUUAAGUCAGCUAUAGUUGAGAUCUCUUGUGUGAACUGUCCUGAGGAAAAUUAUUCUACAUCUAUGGACCUGUGAAACCAGACAGUGAGUUAUGUGCUUCCAAAAACAGUGAUGACACAGACACAGGAUAGAUGCUCCACCCCAAAAGGGAGAAGUAGGAAGGAAAAAAGGGGUCAUGGGUUUCAAACAAGUCUGAAAUCCAGCAGGACAAUCCCAUCAGACUUUUUUCACUAUUUAUCUUCUAAAAUUUUAAAUGAGGUACACAAGAGAAAAAGGUUAUUGAACACAGAUCCUAUAGUUUGAAGUAUAGAAUAGAGUUGAAUUUACUAAGAGAGUGGAAUAAAAGAAAAACUUGCCCUUCAAGCCUACUGACAGCAUAUCUUGUUCAUACAGGUACCAUCCACUUCCCUUUCUUCUGAUGAAAGCAGCCUAAUGUCCACUCUUGGGUCCCCAGUCUUUCAGAUGUUGUAGGCACUAUAGUUGAGGUGGGAGUGUGGGGUAGGGCACACGAGACCCAGGCCUGGCUAAUAAAAACAGCACCUCCUUCUGGUCAUGGUGAUGAUUUUUAAGAUGGCAUGUGAUCCAGUCAGAGCCAAUGAAAUGCCACCUGCAACUGAGGAACACCCAAUGGAAAAAAAGGCAAGAUCUUUUUCAGCUGAAAUUAGGACUUGAGCUGGUCAUCAUUUUGCUAAUUUAUAGAGCUGGAGAACCAAGCCAAACAGCUGGACAAAACCCAGCCAUGAGGCCAUUGUUUAUGGCCCUAAAUCCAGCCAGACCUAAAGGUAGAAUCUCCUGGAAUAUUUUGUUGUGUGAGCCAGCAAAUUCUCUCUUUGCUCAAACCAUUUUGAUGCAGAUUUUUGUUGUUGUUACUACUGCUUUCUUUUAAAAGAAUCUUAGGUUAUUUAUGGUCCAAUGAGAGGGGCAGUAUCAUCACAGUGGGAAAGCUCAAGACAGAAUUGAGCUAUGGGUUGUUGUUCCAGCCAUGAUGAAGGAAUUUGAAUUGCAGGUGUUAUUUAGUCUUCUUGUGCCCCAGUCUUCUUUUGUGCAAUAGUGGCUUCAAUCCUCACAAAUUAACUUAAUACACUUUUCUAUUAGUAGAGAGCAACUAGAAUGCAAGCUCAAUGGAUAUUCAAGCUACAGCAUUUUCUUAACCACAGGCUAGGAUGAGAUGUCUGACAUAAUGUGCCACUUAAAAUUGGGACUUACAGCCAUUCUAUCUAUGCUUCAACCAAGUCAAUGUGGUUAUGGUGAUAUCUUCAUUCUCUGGAAAAGUCAGUCUUUUCUGGAUUACCAUUAUGAGGAGGCAGCACAUCAAUAGAUGAAAUACUAAAAAAUUACUGGCUGGCUGGGGACUAUUUGGGAAAUAAUUUCUAUUUAUAAGUAUUUUAUUGGCUUUCCUUAGUACAUUUUUCUUCUAGAACAGAACUAGGACUAGGGUGAAGCAGGUAAUGCACUCAGAGUGUAAAGUUGAAAGAGGCACCUCACUUUCAGCUGCUGUCACUGCAUGCACAUGAUCCCAACCAUGAGUGCCUCCUUAAGAUUUGUACCCCAGGUGAGGAGCUUGUCUCAUGCUCUGUCCAACUAUAGAAUGACUGACUGAUCACUUUACUUGCUCAUUUAGCCAGAAUACUUUUAUUCUUUGGAGGUUUUUUGAAUUGUAAUAACCCAAGCUGUUUUUCUCCUGUGGAAAAGCCUAGCUUUGUUAUGGACCCAGUAAGGGAAUACUUGUGUUUAGGCCCUCUGUUGAAGACCACAACUUUAUAGGCUGAGAUAAGCACAAAGAAAAGAAGUACAAAUUAUGACUAGGACAUAGGAUACAAGUUUUUAUAAAAUAAUUUUUAUAGGGCAAAUAAGAAAGUGAGAUGUAAAACAUGUUUUAAAGAUCUUCAGAAAGAUAACAUUGACCGGGGUAGGGCUGGGGGGCUCUAAUCUGCCAUUUGAGAUUAAGUCAUGUCACAUGAUGGGGUGCAGCCAGGAGAGGGGCCCCAGGCAGGGAUUUGUAUAGGGUCCAGAACUCGCGGUAUCCAGGAAAUAUUAGAAAAAUAUAUAGGGUGUCCUCACCCUCUCACAAAGCUGAGCUGGGGAAUAGGACAAGUGGAACAAGGUCAUUGGGAGCUGUGUUGUAUAGCAACAGCUUUGCAGCUAACCUCUGGCAUGGUCAUUUAAUAUACCUAUAAUAUUUAACUGGUUUCAUAGAUAUAUUAAAUAGCUGUGGCCAUGCUUUGAGCCAGGGGGAUGGAAGUGACUUCCACCCAAGAUGUAAUUGGGAAGCAGCUCCCCCUGGUUACAGCACCUGCAUGAGAGCUUGGAGAUAAUUGGCUCCAUGCCAUAGGGCCACACCUGCCCAGAUUUAAGAUGGCAGCCUAGUAAAGCUGGACAAAUACAGGAAUGCUGGCAAGUGUAGCCAAUUGUAGGAGGAGUCGGAAAUAGGGCUGCAGAGAAAGACUGGUGCAGGGAUUUAAACCCAGACACAGCAGCCAUGUGAGGGGAGAACCACAUAGUUUUGGCAGAGUGGGGACCCCACAGCUUUGGCAAGAGUGAGAACCAUGUAGCUUUGGGGUGCUCCCUUUUGCCACGUGGCUUAGGAAGCAGGAGAGACUUUUCCUGGAAGAAAAGGGGUGAAAGGACUCUUGCUAGUAGGCCAUGAGAAGGUGCCACAUGGUUUUGGAUUAACUGGAGAUCAAGGCGGCGACACAGCUGAUGGUGCCAGGAGCCCGAAUCAUGGACUUCUAUCUUUUUUCCUGAGAUACAGUACUCCACACUAGGCAGAGGGAGAAGGAAGGACUGUGUGCCUACCUGGGUAUCCUAAAGGACUUUAGUAUUUUAAUGAAAACAUUUAGUCACUACUCUAAGUCUGUAUAACUUUUAAAUAAAUAUUCCCUUUCACAAAUCUCAAGCAUUGAGAGAUGUCUUCCUCUGGUGGCAGGCAUAGCAAACCUAGUGGGAGGUCCUUUUGAUAAUAGUAUAUUGUGCACCCCCCUUGGGUCUGUCCUGUAACAAUCAUACCUCUGGUAUCCAUGGCAAAGGAAUCAUGCUUUAUUUUAUUUACAGAAGACCAAAGCCUCUAAUGCCCUCUGCAUUCAGAGAAUGAUUUAUCCAAAUCAUUGAGCAUCCAGUUCCUGCAUAAAGCCAGGGUGGAGAGGUGAUAUUAUGAGGAGCUGGCAGAAGGCUGUAUAACAGCUCUCCCUUCCUACUUUCCUGCAUGGUCUUCUUCCCCACACUCAGUCAUCUGGCUUCACUUCUAUAGAAAGGUCAAUUCCCAAAGUAUCACUCCAAUGUUGACUACUGCAGUAGCCCCAUCCCCUGAGACAUCAAGAAGCGGCAGGUGUUUGAAGACAGCCAAGUAAAAUGUGAUAGUGUUGUUUUCACAGCCUCACUUAGCCUGAGUCCCUUUACCAACUAUUGGUUCUCUCCUCUCUGCCCACAGACAGCUCUCAAAAUAAAAACACCUUACUCCUGCCUUGGCCAGGUGGUUCAAUUGCUUGAAGGGUCCUCCCCCUAAACCAAUGGGUUGAGGGUUGGAUUUUGGCCAGAGGGUGGUCAAUCAAGAUGUUUUCCUCUCAUAUCAAUGUUCCCCUCUCUCUGAAAUCAUAUGAAAACAUAUUCUCUGGUGACUAUAAAUAAAAAAAGCUUAAAAAACACACCUUACUGUAAACAAGACACUUAAUGCCUGCACACUCCUAGAAGGUACAUGGGGUACCUGGUCAGUUGCCUUUCUGCAGACAAAAAUGCUUAAGUUCAUCAAGAUAAAGCCUCAGAACCUGGACAAUGACCUGCUCCCAACAGGGGACUGUGGUGGGACUUCCUCUUUCUUGGAGGAGGCUGAGGCUGUCACAGUGCCUCCCCCCUCCCCCCUUGUCCUAGCACUGUUCCACAGUCCCCAUGCUAAGCCCCAAAUCACAACUUCCUAAUGCUUCUCCUACCCUAAAAUCUCUUCACUCCCGUCUUGUUGAAUGAAGUUUGGUGAAGUCCUCCAUAUUCAAAUUUAUAUUGUAGGUUAUUAUAAUAGUUUUUCAAGUCAAAAUAGAUGAAUAUUUUAGUGACAGUUAAUUUAGUUGGUCCCACACAACCAUAGCUCUGAUGUUCCCCAGUCACACCUGUAUUUAAUUCCUGCCAUCUUCUCAAGUGAAGGUCCAUCCAGUGGUCGCGGGUCAAAGUCCCCCUCUCUCAUCGUGGAAGGCCCUCGGGCCUCGCAGGCUGCCUUCUGAAUGUUUA